AGUACGUAGGACCAGAGCUCCAAUUUGUGGCCUCCUGUCUCUCUCACACAGCACAGGCGCAGGCUUGGUCGUGCUGCGCUGUUCGAUGGAUGCCCUUUUAUUUUGGAGGAGCUCGUCCUUUCGUCCUCCUCAUUAAGUUUGAUGCACCUCUUCUUCCUCCUCCCUUCCACCGGAGCCGGGUUUAUCUUUGGCUAGCUGCCACCUGCGCCUCUGCGCGCCAUGAACUCCACUCUCUUCAUCAUCGGCGUCAUAGGGAACAUCAUCUCGGUUCUGGUCUUCAUUUCUCCCAUCCCGACGUUCUGGAGGAUCGUGAGGAGCAGGUCUACGGAGGACUUCGAGGCGGCGCCGUACGUGCUCACGCUGCUCAACACGCUGCUAUGGCUCUACUACGGCCUCACCAAGCCCGACGGCCUGCUCAUCGCCACCGUCAACGGCUUCGGGGCCGUCAUGGAGACCAUCUACCUCGUGCUCUUCCUCGUCUACGCCGCCGACAAAGGCAAAAGGGUGAAAACCGCAAAGUUGGUGGCAGUGUUGGACAUUGGGUUUUUCGGGGUCGUUUUCGCAGCCACAACAUUUGCCAUUGGUGGGCUGGACAUAAAAAUCAUGGUUAUUGGCUUGAUAUGUGCAUGCCUUAGCGUGUUCAUGUACGGGUCCCCACUCGCUGCCGUGAGAAGGGUGAUCACCUCAAGGAGCGUGGAGUACAUGCCCUUCUUCCUCUCCUUCUUCCUCUUCCUCAAUGGAGGAGUCUGGGCCACGUAUGCCAUACUCGACAAAGAUGUCUUCCUUGGGGUCCCUAAUGGAACAGGCUGCUUCUUGGGCGCCAUCCAGCUGGUUAUCUAUGCGGUGUACAUGAACAGUAGGGUCGCCUCUCACUCUCAUGGCAGCGACGAAGCAGCUUCCCUUUUGUCCUCUGAGGCCAGCAAACAUGGCCAGCACGAUGCAUCCACUCGUGUUUAGUGAUUGUGUAAAAUUAUGUAAUUUUCGCCGAGUAAAGCCCAAUUCUUAUCACAUACUUUGAUAUUUUUUAAAGCUAGUUAGAGCAUCUUCAA